AUGGUUGAAAUCUCAGAAGAAGAGGACGAUGUCUCGAAGAAUAAUAAUAAUAAUAAAUCGUUCAAAUACGUGUUCAUCCCGUGCGACGAGACGCAACCCAUCGAGGAGAAACUCUUAGAUAUUCCACCAGGGAGAGAGAUGGAGUGUUUGUUGGACGCGUUAAAGACGCACUUUCUCGAGAGCGGGAUGCAAUCCAUGGAAGACACAUCGGUCACGAAAGAUCAGCAGAACGCGAGGUUGAAAAAGCAGUUGGAAAAGCAAUCCGGGCAGAAAAUCGACGACGAGAUGUUAAAAGUCGCGGCGAACAUGCAAAUGGUCCAACCGGUGGCGUUACUCCCCGGCGGCACGAAGAAUAAUUUCAUUCACGUGAACAUGUACGUGGACGAUAAAGGGAUAUCGAAAGGAUUACGUUUGAACAAAAGAGCGAGCGACUUUACGCAAUUAGUGAACAUGCCGAAUCACGUGGCCGGGGACGCGUUCGUGGCGAGGAUAUUUGACGACGAAAAGAGCGAUUUUAAGAGAAUAGAUUUUAGUUUGGACGAGUUGCGCUCGGACGCCAAGUGGGUGGAAGAGGCGAUUAAGUUGAACACGGAAAGAAGACAGAAUUUAGGGAACGCGCACGAGAAAAUCAGUAAAAUGGGUGGAAGCUUAAACACCGAGAGUGGAAUGGCGUCGUUUGGUGACGCCGAAGGAGGAUUGGGAAGUAUGAUGACGGAGAACUACCAAGCGCCGCCGACGGAGGCUGAUUUAAACCAGGAAAUCGCCGUCGAAGGCACGAAAACUUCCUACCCGUACACCUGGAUGCAAGACGAAGAGGAGGUGGUUUUGAUUGCAAACGUCCCGGGAGACGUGGAAAAGAACUCAAUCUCAUUAAAAUUCGGUCCAGGGCAGAACAAAAUAGAUUUAUCGUGCGCAAAAAUCCAGCCGAAUACCGUCGUCUCCGCGGAGGAGACGUUGUUCCAAGAUAUCGUCCCUGGCGACUCCUCGUGGUCGCUGGUGAAACAAAAAGACGGCACGAAAAACUUAGAGGUGACUUUAGUCAAAGCUAAAGAGAAGUUACGAUGGUUGUGUUUUACUUUGAUGCGAAGUGGAGAGGAACAAAAGAAAUAG